AUGGCUUACACACUGCAGCAGAAGCCAGGCUGGACAGGGAAGUGCAUCCUGCCUAAAAAUAGUCCCAGAGACUUCCGGCAGGCAGUUUCUGCACCCUCUUCUCAACACGCCAGUCCUGUGUGUUCUGUCGUCUAUAGCCACUCUUUUGCGUCAUAUACCCUGUGGUGGUUCAAUUACCUUGAUUUGGAGUUACGGUCUGUGAUAGAUAAUAGUCCUGUGAGGAGACCCAGCUGUUCUCAAGAGCUUGAAAAUCUGCUCUUGGUGCCGUUAAAGAAGAAUAUGAAAACCGCCCAACUCUUUAAAAUUCAGAGAAGUCAUGAGAAUGGGAGUCAUAGCUUGUACAAUGAAGAGAGAAAUUUGCUUCGGAUCAGAGAGAAGGAAUGCCGGAACCAGGAGGCUCAUCAAGAGAAAGAGGCAUUUCCUGAAAAAAUCCCCCUUUUUGGAGAGCCUUACAAGAAGGAGAAGUGUGAUGAGCUGUCUAGUCGACUCCAGACGAUGUUGGGGGACUAUGAAGAAGUGAAGGAGUUCCUCAGCCCCAGGUCCCACUCCUGUCGCCCCAGUGCUUCUGACGCAAAGCCAGGAAAGCCUCGGUAUCUCGAAAAGGGGAGCAGCCUUGCUGCCCACUCCUUGCGUCCUGGGGUCCAGCGCCACCAGCUCCUUACCACUCCCACCUCUGCACCCCUCCUGAUGGCUCCAGUGAGCCACAACUCAAAGAUGGCACAGCAAAGAGUGGAGCCAGCACCCACUGUCUAUACUAAAGGCUGCGCUCCCCUGGACAGCCAGCGCCUGGCCCAGGACUGUCUCCGCCUGGAGGGGUAUGACUCUGGCCAUCUCAAAAAGGGUACCUUCAGAGCUGCUGGGAGCCAGUGUGCCACUGUGGCUGUCCUGGAUCCCGGGAGGGAACUUUCUCCCCGACACUGUGCAACAUCGGCUCUGGUGCCCCGACUCUCACCUGUUCACUGCAGCCAGGGCCUUAGCACCAACACAUCUCCCCCAGGCCUGGCAGUGCGGGCUCCCAACAAGGAGGAUUCGCAGGAUAGCAUCAUGGCACUCACCAGUCUGGGAGUCACCUUUCCACCACCUCCUCUCCCCUCUAAGAGCCUGGCCAUGCAGCAGAAGCCCACAGCCUACGUCCGCCCCAUGGAUGGGCAGGAUCAGGUACCGAGCGAGUCCCCCAAUCUGAAGCCUUUGCUCGAGGACUACAGACUACAGACUUUUGAAAAAACGGGCCUAAAGGUGCCUGCCAGGGCCAAGCUCACCAAACUGAAGAUGCCUGCACAGUCUAUGGAGCUGACCUACUCCAAUGAAGUGCAUUGUGUUGAAGAAAUUUUGAAGGAAAUGACCCACUCAUGGCCUCCUCCUUUGACAGCAAUACACACGCCUAGUACAGCUGAGCCCUCUAAAUUCCCUUUUCCUACAAAGGAUUCUCAGCACAUCAAAUCUGCAACCCAAAACCAAAAACAAUAUGAUACUUCUUCACAAACCCACCUUAAUUCUCAGCAGGGGACAUCCAUGCUUGAAGAUGACCUUCAGCUUAGUGACAGCGAGGAUAGCGACAGUGAACAAAACUCUGAGAAGCCUCCCUCCUCUUCCGCACCUCCAAGCGCUACACAGUCACUUCCAGCACCGCCCUCGACCACUGCUGCCACCCGGUCCAGCAGUGCUGAGUCCGAAAGCACCAGUGACUCAGACAGCUCCUCUGACUCUGAAAGCGAGAGCAGUUCAAGUGACAGCGAAGAGAAUGAGCCCCCCGAAACGCCAGCCCCUGAGCCUGAACCUCCCUCAACAAACAAAUGGCAGCUGGACAAUUGGCUAACCAAAGUCAGCCAACCUGUGGCACUCCCGGAGGCUCUGGGGACCAGUCAAGGCAAAGAUGGGGAUGAGAGUAACUCUACUUGUUCAGAAUCCAAAGAUCCUCCCCCUAAAAGCUCCAGCAGAGCUCCCCGGGUUCCUUCUGAAGGCCCUCACGUUGGCAAGAGAAGCUGCCAGAAGGCCUCUGUUCUGCAGGAGCCACCAAAGAGGCAAACAGUGGGAACCAAACAGCCCAAGAGACCCUGCAAGGCCCCAGCAGUCACGGUCUCGAGACCCAGCUUGCAAGUAGAGAGUGAGGCGUCUCCAUCCCCCUUUACUCCCAGAGAGCAGCCGUCCAAAGACAAGCCAAAAGUGAAAACGAAAGGCAGACCGCGUACUGGCGAGAGCAAGGAGCCUGCUCCCAGGGAGAAGAAGAAGCACGGGGGCGAUCCCCCAGCCCCACCAGAGGCAUGCUCAGGGCCGGAGCUCACCAAGGACCUUGUGGACACCAGGCACUUGACGCUGGCUGCUCCUGUGCCUGGAGCCCGGAGCAAGACAAGUAGCAGCCAGCGCACCGGGGUAGCCCCAGAAGAGAACCGAAAGGACCCCAAAAUGCUCUCCCAGCUCAGGGACCCCUCUCCCCCAGACCAGCUAUUGGUGAGGAUAACUCUCAGCCUUCUCUCCCGGGUACCCCGACCGCCAGGAAAAGGGGGCUGCCAGAAGAAUCCAGACCACAAGCAGCCUCCCCCAGGGAAGCGGGUUGACUGUGAGAAGAGAAGCUCGGACAAGGGGGCCAAGCGGAACAAGGGCGAAGGAGAAAGAGACCACGAUAGCAAGAAACUCAAACUGGAGAAAGAAAUCAAAUCACGAUCAUCAUCUUCAUCUUUCCACAAGGACUCUUCUAAAACAAAAACAGCACGGUCUUCCUUGGAGAGUUCGAAACAGGAAAUGCUUUCCCCUUCACCUCUGACCUCAACCUCAUCCCAGAAGCCAUCCAAGCCUGCACAAAAGCGGUCUCGGCAGGAAGUAGAGCCCUGUAGUCAGGACCGUCCCCGAAGUGCCAGUAGUGCCAAAGGCAGCCAUAAAGACCCUUCCGUUCCUAAGCACAGGAAAGUUGAAGGGAGGAGCUCAGAGCACAAGAGCUCUUCUGGAGAUACAACAAGCCCUUUCCCAGUGCCUUCUUUGCCUAAUGGGAACCCUAAGCCAGGGAGGCCUCCAUUGAAAUUGGAAAAACCACAUGCAGAUAUUCACAUGAAGGAAGCCAGGAGGUUGAAGCAGAAAGCAGAAACAAUGAAGGACAAGGCUGGGAAAGCUGUGAAGUACCUGGAAGCUGCCUUGUCUUUCAUUGAGAGUGGAAUCGCCAUGGAGUCUGAAGGCCCAGCAUCCAAGGCCGCUCACGCAGUGUACUCUGAGGCUCUGGAGCUCCUGAGCUUCACUAUGUCAUUAAAAGCUUUCUCCAGUGCCGCAUCGACACAAGAGAAAACAUUUGCUGUCUUAUGCCUCCGUUGCCAGUCCCUGUUGAACAUGGCGAUGUUCCGCUGCCGAAAAGACACGGUAUUAAAGUAUUCUCGUGCUCUGAACGAGCACUUCCACAGCGCUUCCAAAGUGGCCCGAGCACCUUCUCCAUGCAUUGCAAGAAACACAGGCACACCAUCCUCUCUCUCUCCAAUGCCUUCUCCUGCCAGUUCCCAGGCCAGUGCUGGCGGGGUGGGGACCAGCGGGAUGCCACUCAACAUCCAGAACAUGACGUCUUCCUAUGUCACCAUUACAUCCCAUGUCCUUACUGCCUUUGAACUUUGGGAACAGGCUGAGAUCCUUAUAAGGAAGAAUAAAGAUCUCUUUGCUCAACUCAGCACAAAUGUGUGUGCCUUGGCCCUCAACAGCAGUUUGUCGGAUCUGGUGCACUACGCAAGACAGGGUCUUCAGCAGCUAAAACAGUAACCAAAAUACCUUAAAUAGGGCCCAUACUGAUGGAUGCCUUGAGAACUAUUUUGCACAUUGGAAGCCUCAGAAACAAUCUAGAUGUUGUCUUGACAGUUCACCAGGCUCCCAAGCAGAAGCUUCGAAGGUGGUCUGCACACUUGUCCACAUGGACUCUGAAGAACUGUGUGACCAGUGGUCAGAUGGAAGGACCAGCGGGAGCAGAGGAGAAUCACCUGGGCUUACUAACUAAAAGACAUAGGUUUAGUGGCACCUACAUGAGCCUGUGAAUGGUCUAGAAACAUUUCUGCCAUUUUUAAUCCAGCAGAUGAAAUGAGGGGAAGCAGAUUUCAGCUUUGAAACGAAUUCAUUAUUUCAGUCGCCACGUGAGUCCAUUCCCAGAGUGGGGUUGGGAAUGAGACAUUUUUCACAGCAGAUCUUGUUCUAGGAUUUUGUGAGCAAUUUCUUUCUUCCUUGCAGAAAGACUUAGGUGAAAUACCUGAUUUAUGAACUCUAAUGGCCAUUUGAUCAGUUGUGAAGGAGUCCCACAUUCUGGCUUAGAUUACACCACGUGCUGUCCUAGUAUAUGAGGGCCAGCCCCCCUUACCUGCAGAUCUGAGCUCUCACCAAGUGAGGACCCAGUGACCCUGUCCCCUCCAAACACUUAACCCCACUCCUUCAUGCCCGGGACUUUUUGUUAAAGUUCUGUGGGAAGAAGGGAAUCGACACUCACCUGGUCAGAUUGCAAAAAUGCUCUGUAGCUUUGUUACAGUAGAGCCCGCAUUUGAGGUGCUGAUUUGUGGUUUACUGUUAUGUGGUAAUUAAUAUCUGUUCAACCAACUCAGUUUUGUCAGUGAACAAAGGAAAAUGAAAUCUACUUUCUAGAGAGGCUAUAUUUUUCUGCUUCAAAUCCUUUUAUAUUUAUAGAAAAACUAGACCCUCAGAGUCCCUACUUGUCUAGGAGAAAUAAAAUCCCUGGGAGGACGUGGGAAUUUGGGGUGGUUGAAUAGAUUUAAGGAAAAAAGGGGGUGAUGGAGAAUUAAAAAAAUCAUAUGCCUUCUCUCUGGAUUGUUUUCAGAUAGACUCAGUUAAAUGGAAAAGGAACUGUUUCCACUUUGCUGUUGUUGCCAUAUUAGAUGCACCAAACGAAUUCAUUUUGAGUCGUCAUGAGAGAUGAGAGAACAUGAGAGAAUACAAUCACAAUUCCCACAAGCACAGAUUUUCUUGUUGAAACUUGGGAGUUUAUUAUUGGAAGCAUUAUUUUUGAGUGCAGUGUGUUUAAAAGCCAAUUCUUUUUAUCCCUUUUAGAAAGAGGUAGAAUUUGCACAUGUAUUAAAAUUAAGGAGUGAAUGUUAUCUCUACAGCUAGCUUGUUUUUCUUCCCUUCUUCUCUGUCUUCCUUUCUACAUGCUGCUGCUUGUCAAGCAUGUGUCUCAUUUCUUAAUGUUGAGAAAAGAAUCUUCAUUGACGAGUCGUUUUAUAAUACAUGUUUGAUAUCCAUAUGACGAAUGGAAGAACAUCUUUUGUAGUGUGAUAAAUAUAUAAGGAAACGUGUAGCAGGUGGGAGAAUGCUUAAUACUCACAGUUUGAAUUUUUUGCUUGAAGCUGUUUUCUGGUGUCUUACCCAGCCUGGCCCUACAUGCUCAAUAGCUGGAGCAGAGGUUCCUUGCCAUGCGUUUAGAUUAGAGCCGUAGAAUAA